GAAUCUUUGCUACAGUUUGGGGCCAAUUUUCUGCUCCACCGGUCUCGAUGGGGCCCCGCAUGCUUUGCUGCAGCGCACCAGUCCAGUCCGAGAUUCAGAGGAUGUUACGACGCAUGGAGUCAUCGGAGGAUGCGAGCACUCCGAGAUGCGCAUCACGAGCAUGUAUACUCUUCGAAAUCGCUUACCUUGCGAUCGACAUGGUGCUCGAUGUACAGCGCUGACUUCAUUGAGCAGUGGUGCCGCAACCCAGUUCAGCAUCAGCAUCUUCAUGAGUCUCUAUGGGAUCAUCAGGGCUGUGUAUCGGGAAGUUCACCUCGACCUCCGUGGGCUUGACCAAGAAUAUAGAUCCUCUUGCUUCAGAGGCUUUCGUAGUCGAAGCAGUGCCGUUUCACAGUUUCGCCCGGACCGGCAGCGAGGAGGUUCGACCAAGCCGCCAACAGCCCGUGCGCCUUCGCUUUGGCGCAACUUGUACGGGAGACCCCGGUGA